AUGUCUUUGCAAAAACAAUACAAUCCCUCAUGUCCUCCGUACAGAACAGAUGUGAUCUGCAAACGUUUUGACAGACAAUGUUCUACCGAUAAAAACUGCAAAGGUGGACAAAUAUGCUGCCGUGUUGAAUGUGGAACAGUCUGCAAACCAGGGGAAAAUAUAUAUUUACCUACAGAUAUUUGUUCCUUACCAAAAGUUACUGGACCUUGUAAAGCGUAUAUGCCACGAUAUUAUUACAGUAAGAAAGUAAAGAAAUGUCUGAGGUUUAUAUAUGGUGGAUGCGAAGGCAAUAAGAACAAUUUUGAGACGCUGGAACAAUGUAAACAGAGAUGUGAACCUGAAGGUCCAGAUUGUUACCCCCUCACCUGUACAUUGGCAUGUGAAUUCGGAUUCGAAGAAGAUGAAAAUGGCUGUCGUGUGUGCAAAUGCAAACAAAGAAAUCAUGAUUAA